GUCACUCAGCCGCGCCUGGCUCCGCCCCGCGCCUCUAGCCGGGCUCCUCACAAUGUGUCAUUAGCUGCGAGCGGCGGAAACGGCACCGAGCGCCACCGAGUGAUGGGGGAGGGCCCGCUGGCCCCCCGGGAGCCCUAAGAGCCGUGUGGCCCCUGCACAGCCCGCGCCCACCAUGUCCGGGAAGGACAAUCCGUGCAAGAAGUUCCAGGCCAACAUCUUCAACAAGAGCAAAUGCCAGAACUGCUUCAAGCCCCGGGAGUCCCACCUGCUGUCCGACGAGGACCUCAACCAGGCCAAGCCCAUAUACGGAGGAUGGCUGCUGCUGGCACCGGAGGGCACGGACUUCGACAAUCCAGUGCACAGGUCUCGGAAAUGGCAGAGACGGUUUUUCAUCCUCUACGAGCACGGCCUGCUGCGCUACGCGCUGGACGAGAUGCCCACCACGCUACCCCAGGGGACGAUAAACAUGAACCAAUGCACCGACGUAAUCGAUGGCGAAAACCGCACGGGGCAGAAGUACUCCCUCUGCAUCCUGACUCCAGAGGAGCAUUUUAUCCGGGCCGAGAACAAGGAGAUCAUUAACGGGUGGCUGGAGAUGUUAAUCGUUUAUCCGAAGACCAACAAACAGAACCAGAAAAAGAAGCGGAAAGUAGAACCCCCGACCCCGCAGGAGCCGGGGCCGGCCAAGAUGGCAGCAACCAGCACUGGGAUUCCCAGCGCAGAGAAGGUCCCGGCCACCAAAUCCACCCUGUGGCAGGAAGAGUCGCAGAGCAAAGAGACGCAGGAGAGCAGCAGCGGCGGCAGCAGCCCGGGGCAGAUGCCCUCGUCCCUGAGCGAGCCCAUGUCCGAAGGCAAAGCCGAUGGAGGUUUAGUGAACGGAGACCGAACCGACGGCGGACGCAAGACACGCGUGGAAAGCGGCUACUUUUCCCUGGAGAAAACCAAAGACUUGAAGAGCGAAGAGCAGUCGCCUCAAACGCCACCCUCGCCCUCCACCCCCGACGCACCGAGCAGGCGCUCUGUUGUCAUUGAGAAGUUUGAGGCUCUGGACAUUGAGAAGGCAGAGAGCAUGGAGACGAGCUGUCCGGCCGCCCCCAGCGGUGAAGCCCGCCAGGGCCGCAGCGAGAAGCGAUCCUUCCCCCGGAAACGGGACGAGUCCGGCGUCGGCUCCAUCCCUGAUGUUUCUGCCUCCUCUAUAUCCCCGUACCGCCGAGCAAAAUCCUUGGACCGCAGAUCCACCGAGUCGUCGAUGACGCCCGACUUGUUGAACUUCAAGAAGGGAUGGCUUACCAAGCAGUACCACGACGGGCAGUGGAAGAAGCACUGGUUUGUGCUCACGGACCAGACCCUGAGAUAUUACCGGGACUCCGUGGCGGAGGAGGCUGCCGACUUGGACGGAGAAAUUGACUUGUCCACUUGCCACGAUGUCACGGAGUAUCCGGUCCAGAGAAAUUACGGAUUCCAAAUCCACACUAAGGAGGGAGAGUUCACGCUGUCUGCAAUGACCUCGGGGAUCCGCAGAAACUGGAUUCAGACCAUCAUGAAGCAUGUGAGGCCCAGCACAGCCCCGGAUGUCACCAGCUCUCUGCCGGAGGAGAGAAGUAAGGUCUCCUCUUUCAGCCCCAGCUCUAUGCCCAUCGACAAGCUGGACUCCGCGGAACAUUCCGACGCCGACGUGGAACAGAAGAGAAGCCGGGCUCGGGAACGCAGAAGGGAAGGACGUUCAAAAACUUUCGACUGGGCAGAGUUUCGACCCAUGCAGCAGGCGUUGGCUCAGGAGAGGGCCCAAGCAGCUGAAGCCAUGAAGUCCAUCUCUUCGUACGACACUACGGAUUCUAACAGUGACCUGGGAGAGCUUGAGAGGGAGCGAGCGCGCAGGAGGGAGGAACGCAGGAAGAGGUUCGAGAGCUCGGACUCCGUGGAGGAGUCCACAGUGGAAGAUACUUCUCGCAUGGAGGUUGACAGGGGACUUGCGUCUGACUCCAUGGACAUUCGGCCAAAUGUCCAAGUGGAGAUAGAGCAGCGAUGGCAGCAAGUGGAGACCACCCCCUUGAGAGAAGAGAAGCAGAUUCCCAUAUCCCCUCUGCCUGCUGGCCCCCAAAAGCACCCCUCCGAGGACAUUGUUUCCCUAUUGGAGAAGCAGCUCGAGCAGAGUCAAAGGGAGGUUUCCGAUCUUCUAGCCGAGAACCUUGUUCUGCAGCAACGGCUGAAGGAAGCUCUGGAGCAGCAGCAGAGUGCGAGAGACGGAUAUGUGUUACAGGCCACCUGCGAGCGAGGCUUUGCAGCCAUGGAGGAGACGCACCAGAAGAAGUUAGAGGAUCUGCAGCGGCAGCACCAGAGAGAGCUGGAGAAACUCCGAGAAGAGAAGGACCGUUUGCUGGCUGAGGAGACGGCAGCAACCAUCUCAGCCAUCGAAGCCAUGAAGAACGCGCACAGGGAAGAGCUGGAGAGAGAGCUGGAGAAGAACCAGCGCUCCCAGAUCAGCAGCGUGAACGCGGACGUGGAGUCCCUGCGCAGGCAGUACCUGGAGGAAUUGCACUCCAUACAGAGGGAGCUGGAGGUGCUGUCUGAGCAGUACUCGCAGAAGUGCCUGGAGAACGCGCAUCUGGCUCAGGCACUGGAGGCCGAGCGCCAGGCCCUGCGGCAGUGCCAGCGCGAGAACCAAGAGCUCAACGCUCACAACCAGGAGCUAAAUAAUCGUCUGGCCUCUGAGAUCACCCGGCUGCGGACGCUGGUAACCGGAGAAGGAGGGGAGAUAUCGCCUCUUACACAGGGGAAAGAUGUCUACGAGUUGGAGGUUCUUUUGAGAGUGAAAGAGUCUGAAAUACAGUACCAGAAACAGGAGAUCAACUCGCUCAAGGAUGAACUGCAGACCGCGCUGAGGGACAAGAAAUACACCAGCGAUAAAUACAAGGAUAUCUACACAGAGCUGAGCAACGCGAAGGCCAAGGCAGAGUGCGACAUCAGCCGUUUGAAGGAGCAGCUGAAGGCGGCCGUGGAGAUGUUGGGAGACAAGUCCCCUGAGAGCGCGUCGGUGUCUGGAUAUGAUAUCAUGAAAUCAAAAAGUAACCCAGAUUUCCUGAAGAACGACCGUUCCAGCAUCAACCGACAGCUGCGGAACAUCAGGUCCAAGUCCGUAAUUGAGCAGGUCUCAUGGGAUAACUGAAAGAUUCCAGGUACCAGGUUCCCUGACAUAGCCUGAAGGAGGGGUUGACUGUCCAGGAGCGCCUCAAAAUAUUCGAAUCCCAAGACUUCAAAAAACACUAAAUUAGGGCCGUGCGUCCACCCCAGACGAAAGGCGGGAUGUGCGGCUAUGAACCCCCCCUGCGCCGGGGGCCCCUGCAGUGCAGCUCAUUGCAUGUUUUACAGCUUCAGAAUGUGCUAACCUUCCUGGCGUUAACAUGGUCUAAUCCUGUGGAACCCUACCUACUGCAUCGUGCCCCCCGUCCCCUGUUUUCUCUGAAGAGGACCAGGCGGUAACUUGGCUCCUCGUAUUAAUAGUUUUAAGUCUCAUUCAGGAUCAUCAGUAUUAAGGCACAGCCGCUGAUCAAUAAGCUAAUCAGGCGUGAAAAUGUUUGGAUCCUGGGGCCCCUGCUCAACCACCUCUGCAGCCCCCACUGGUGACGGAUGUCCAUGCGCAGCCCCACCAUAAACUGCCUGUACCUCGGGGGAGGAUGUGAACCACAGACGGGCAAAUGUGAUAGGAGAGCCCCCAAAUCCCGCUAGAGUCUCAACCUUUUCGGUGCAGCAGCUUUUAAAAUGACGAAACACAUCUGUGGCACUUUAAUAGGUUUAUGGACCAUGCAAUAGGGGUCCGCUCAUAGAACCGAGUAAAAAAUCACGCUUCCCACAAGAAAUAUAUGUAUAAUAUGUGUAUAGCUUUAUUUAAAAAUCAAGCUUAUUAAGUGAAAGAUAAUUAAGCCUCCGAUCAAAAAGUUCCAAGAUGCGCCCGAUCUUUAGAAUCAUCAUCGGGUCAGUGGUGGAUCGUCUUCUGCUGCCUUCAGGGUAACGUCUGCAGGGUUCUCUUCUUAAAAAGGGUUGAGAAUUCACAAAACGUUUUUACCGUCCGCCAAACCCUUGGUAAUAUAUAAUAUAAUAUAUAUUACUGUAAAUGGCAGUGCUUUUAAUCGCUAAACAGAGGGGGGGGGCAAGUCCUUUUUCACAAACCGUAACAUUUACCGCUUCAAAUUAAAAAAAAGAAAAGAACACUAAGAAGGCGAUAGUUCAUGUUAAUACUCGGAUUUGCUGUAAAAUUACAUUUUUCACGGAUAAUUUAAUACCGAGGCCUGAUAUGCUUAAACGUGCAUUAAACGCUCCUUUUUGUUAAUUAUUAGUGAUUUUAUAUAUUUUUUGGAGUUGGGGAAUUAACCCUUGUAGUUCUCUUUGUCAGGCAGUUUAAUGGCUGAUAAGAUUUCGGAUUAGGCUGUUACGAGCGGUCUUUCUGGGAUUACAGAGCAGCUUUGGAGGGAGAGAAAUUGCAGGUGAAUCGCUUUGUUUUGUGUAUGUUUAUGAUGUCAUUGUCCUGCGCGGAGUCCGAGGUAUAGUGACGGAAAGGAAGGUUUAUGUAUAAUUUUUUGUCAGUUUUAAGUAGGUAGUAGACUUUUUCCUCCCCUAUGGGAUGAAUUGUGUGCUCUGCAGGCCAGGAUCUGGCUGCCAUGAUGUUGGGAGAUAUUUUGUUGUGAAGAAACCCAGCAUUUAGCUCUUGGUGCCAGUCAAAGCCCCGGACUGAAGGAGGUUAAAUAUCCGCCAUAUGUUCCCUUUGGGGAUUGCGGCUUUUAACCCUUCAGCUGAUGAGGCGCCUGCCUUUUGAAACGUGUUUUACGGUAGAUGGUUAAUUUGGUUUUUGUUAAGUGCAGUUUGGUUAAAGAAGGUCCGACGAUAGGAGUGUGAGGAGAGAGGUGAUGGAGAGGAGCUUUUUACUCUCUCAAGGAGAGCUUGCAGCGAGCAUUAAAGCAGAGGCCUCGGUGAUCCAGUGUUUCGAAUGUAAUGUAUCAGGGCCGGUCUGUCUAACACGGCAUCUGAUAAUCUUACAUCACAGAUGUUAAUUCGGCAGCCCGGUACGCACAGGAACUAUACGCAUCUUUAAUGUUCGCCAAAAAUAGGAGCGUGUGAAUUACGGUUGUUUCCCUUUAAAGGCAGCCGCAGGAAACACACGGAUGUUACAGGAAGGGCAGGAGGUGAAUCCUCGGCUCGGUUGGUGCCGUAGAGGAUUUCAUCGGAUUGAAGCAAUUUAUCCAUACAGCCCCGCGCUUUACUUAUCCAGACCUGUGUAUAACGUGGGCUAUAACCUGAUACUUCAUUCCCAGAAACUAUCCGUCACUCGCCUGGAGAUGCGAAGAAAGUUUCACCAUAAUGCAAAUGAGCUAAUUUAAAUAUGGGGCUGUUAAUUUGCAUAAUGUGCCAGUAUUUUAAAACGGUUUGGCAGAGGCCUGAGCAUAAUAGGCUUGUACGUUUCCUAGCUUUAGUGACAUAGGGAAGAAUACUGUUUAGGACAUACAAGGCAGCCGUGCCCCCCUUACUCAGGACACGAGCGACAAUCCCCCAUUAUCUAGAGAGAGCGGGUUUAAGGUCCUGUCACGCCGACGCGUGUAUAUGAUAGUUAUGUAUUUAGGUAUGUGGUUCACAUCCUUCCCCGGAGAGACUGCGUUUUAAAACCAGCAAAAAAAAAAGGCGCGUUAAAACAUCGUAAGUUGAAACCUGUAUAGUAUUCAGAAAAACACUCUGUAAAUAUUUCUUAAUUCCUGAGAAUUGUGCAUUUUUUGUCAGACUUGUGUUUUUAACCUUCUCUGAAGCCUGAUGUUUAAUUUUCUUCUUAGAGCUUGUGGAUUGAGUGUAAUAUUUGCAGUUUGGUGCCCCUGUUAAGUGUCCUACUAUUUUAGCUCACAAUGUGAAUCAUGCCUUUUAUGCUCACAUGUAAUAUAUAUAUAAAUAUAAAAAUUCUGAGGAUUGUAUAAAGUCUGAGACCAGAA